AUGAAUGUUCUAUUAUGUUAUAUCAACACACUAAAAGGCUUAUACGAUAUAUCCGGUGUGGAAGUCGGCCAACAUUUCUAUUGGAAAAUAGGAGGUUUUCAAGUCCAUGCCCAAGUAAUUAUUACUUCUUGGGUUGUAAUUGCUAUCUUAUUAGGUUCAGCCAUUAUAGCUGUUCGUAAUCCACAAACCAUUCCUACUGACAGUCAGAAUUUCUUCGAAUAUGUUCUUGAAUUCAUUCGAGAUGUGAGCAAAACUCAGAUUGGCGAAGAAUACGGUCCAUGGGUUCCCUUUAUUGGAACUUUGUUUCUAUUUAUUUUUGUUUCGAAUUGGUCGGGUGCUCUUUUACCUUGGAAAAUCAUACAGUUACCUCAUGGGGAAUUAGCCGCGCCUACAAAUGAUAUAAAUACUACUGUUGCUUUAGCUUUACUCACGUCAGUAGCAUAUUUCUAUGCGGGUCUUAGUAAAAAAGGAUUAGGUUAUUUUGGUAAAUACAUUCAACCAACUCCAAUCCUUUUACCCAUUAAUAUUUUAGAAGAUUUCACAAAACCCCUAUCGCUUAGUUUUCGACUUUUCGGAAAUAUAUUAGCUGAUGAAUUAGUAGUUCUUGUUCUUGUUUCUUUAGUACCUUCAGUGGUUCCUAUACCCGUCAUGUUACUUGGAUUAUUUACAAGCGGUAUUCAAGCUCUUAUUUUUGCAACUUUAGCUGCGGCUUAUAUAGGCGAAUCCAUGGAGGGUCAUCAUUGACUAGUUUUCGAAAUAGUCUUUUUUUAGUUUAAGCCUUACGCAAUAUAUAUGCGUAUCAAGAUAAUCUGCUUAAGGAGCAUAAUAUAUAAAAAUAAAUAGAUAAAUUAUAUAAAUAUAAACUAUAUAAAGUAUAGAAGUAAUAGUCAAAAAUAAGAUAUUAGCGGUAUUAGGGAAUUGCAACAAACAAAAGGGGAAGUAAAAAAAAGGAAAGAGAUCGAAAAGAUCUUUUUCCUAAAAUUCCAGUUCGGUCUAUUUAUCCCCCCCCAAUGAAUACUAUCUUUAUAUUGUUUUGUUCAUUUAAUUCCAAUAUUCAAUAUUAUUAGAUAUUAGUAAUCAUAAUCUGAAUAAUAAUUAGGAUUGUAAUACUUAUAGUAUUAUGGUGUGCUAUUUUAAAAAAGAUGCUAUUGUUAUAUAGAAAAAUUCCCAUUCAAGUUGAUUUCAUCCAAUUAAACGGUUGACCAAAAGAUAAUUUUAAUAAAUAAUAAAUUACCUGAACUUAGAUCAAUCAAAUACUUCUAUUUCGAUGCAACGAUUCGAUCUAACGAAUUUGUCCAUGUAGAUUGAUUGUACCUGCGUCGGCGAGUAAAAAAAGAAAAAAUAAAGAUUUACAAAAAACUAAAUUCAAAUUUAUAAAAAAAAAAUGGAUUGGUUAGGGGGGGCCGAACUAGAUGUAUGUACUCUAAUUAGUAUAAGACAACUCUUGUGAAUGUUUCGAAGAAUGAUUCUAUAAUCCGAUUAAAUGUAAGAUAUGAAUGGUUGAUUUACGUUAUCCAAGAAACACAUGUAUAUGUAAUAUUAGAUAUUAAUUAGUUAUAUAUGUAAUAUCUAAGCGGCUCUAUUACUGUGAAUUUAGAUAGGAAUUCCAAUGGAAUCCCCUCCAUUUCCUUUGUAGUUGUGAAUUGAAUAUUAAAUGAAUAAAAUAAAGUGACUAUUGAAUAAAGAGAUUCAAUCAAGAAAAUAAGAAAAAACGAAAAAUUCAAAAAGAAUGGUAUGGAUUCAAAAAAAUUCUGUGAAUAAAAACUAAAAAAGAAAUAUCGAAGCCGUUCUGAUGAUUCAAUAAUAAUAUUAUUACUUCAAUUCCGAGUUCUUAUUUCCUUCGACUGUAUAGAUCUUAGCGAUGGAAUAAUUAAGUCAUAAUUUAUUGGUUGAUUGUAUCAUUAACUAUUUACUUAUUUUGGUGUGAGGAACUUAUCAUGAAUUCUCCAUUUUUAUACCACAUACCUUAUUUUGACACCACGAAAUUCUUUUUCUAAAUCUAUAGAAAUAAAAAAGAA